AUGACUUCAAGCAACCGAUUUGAUCCUAAUCAACCAAAACAUUGGCAUGAAUGCGCCGAACACUUCGAUGAUGACUCCGAAGACGAAUUUGAUGAUGUAGACAAUGAUCCCGAAGAUCCAGAAAUAUCUUCUGCUCUACAAGGUAGUUCUGACGAAUCAAACGAUGAUGAUGUAAUUGAAAAGGAUUUGGGUGAUGAAUCCGAUAUAAGUUACGUCGAAACUGAAUGUUUCUGCGAUGAGGAGCCGCCUAGACGUCGAGCUAAACGUGAACAACUAGUGGAACAACCAACAGCCAAAAUAUUUACGGUACGAUCUGGACGACAAUGA